AUGUCGUCCGUGCUUCUGAGUGCCGAGCAGUAUGUGGUAGCCACCCGAUACCUGUCAGGUACGCAGUGGACACAAUCUUGGCUACUCUCGCAUAGUGCGCUAACACGUAGUUCUCUAGCUGCGGCUCUCAGCUGCUCCUUGUAUGACCACGCAAUCAACGCUGCAAGAGAAAUUGAAUUGGUCUGGCGCCAGCAGUGGUCUCGCCUUCAGAUCAUUGUCAUGCUGAACACGUACUUGAUGGAAGCCAGCCUUAUAAUUAUUGCCUACGGUAUCCUGAGAUCACAGGAUGUCACUCAUCGAGACAGAUGCGAGGCCUUCGUCAUCUUUAUAGGAACCUUUUCAACUCUGAGCAGUGGCUGCCAGGAAUUCGCGCUUUUACUGCAUGUAUAUGCGCUAUGGGAUAGCAGGAAACAAGCGAAAUAUGCGCUCAUCGCCGGGUUCAUCGUAUGUUAUGGAGCGUCCGUAGCAUUCACUCUGGUCACUAUGAUUCAACUCUCGGGCAAGAUGCAAUACAAUUCGGAGCUAAAGUCUUGUGUUGUUCCGGAAAAGCCCACCUUUUUGUCUGGUGCUUGGGCAGGGAUGGUGGCAUACGAUGUAUAUGUCUUCGUCCUGACGGUGUUAAAUGCCCUCAAUCGACCACGCAAGAAGAAUGUCGAGAUCGUGAGUCGUCUCAAGCGCGACGGCGUGGUGACAUUCCUGGUUCGUGAACUCCGCCUUGCCAUGUCUAUCGGCCGUUGA